AUGGCUCCAGCUGCUUAUUCUGACUUAUCUAAAGCUUCCAACGAUUUAAUCAAUAAAGAUUUUUAUCAUUUAUCAACUGCUGCUGUUGAUGUUAAAACCGUGGCUCCUAAUGGUGUCACUUUUACUGUUAAAGGUAAAACUACUAAAGAUGAUACCAUUAGUGCUUCUGUUGAUGCUAAAUAUUUAGAUAAAGCUACUGGUUUAACUUUGACUCAAGGUUGGAACAAUGCUAAUGCUUUAAAUACCAAAAUUGAAUUAUCAGAAUUAUUGACUCCAGGUUUAAAAGGUGAAUUGGAUACUUCAGUUGUCCCUAAUGGUGCUAGAAAUGCUAAAUUGAAUUUUUUUUAUCAACAAUCUGCUGUUAAUGCCAGAUUAUUCUUUGAUUUAUUAAAAGGUCCAAUUGCUACUGCCGAUUUAGUUGUUGCUCAUGAUGGAUUCACUGCUGGUGCUGAAUUAGGUUAUGACAUUUCUUCUGCUAAAGUUAAUAAAUAUUCUGUUGGUGUUGGUUAUGCCAACUUAAAUUAUGGUUUAGCUGCUACUGCCACUUCUAAUUUAUCAGUAUUUUCCGCUGCUUAUUUCCAUAAAGUUUCUCCAUUAGUUCAAGUUGGUGCUAAAGCUACUUGGGAUUCAGUUAAAUCUUCUAAUGUUAAUGUUGAAUUUGCUACUAAAUAUGCUUUAGAUAAUACUUCAUUCAUUAAAGCCAAGAUUGCUGAUUCUGGUUUGACUGCUUUAUCUUAUACUCAAGAAUUAAGACCAGGAGUUAAAUUAGGUUUGGGUGCUUCUUUUGAUGCUUUGAAAUUGGCUGAACCAGUUCAUAAAUUAGGAUUCUCCUUAUCUUUUGCUGCUUAA